AUGGGCAAUAGCUUAAGGUGUUGUUUGGCUUGUAUUCUUCCAUGUGGAGCCCUAGACUUGAUCCGUAUAGUUCAUUUGAAUGGCUACGUAGAAGAAAUAACAGGUCCAAUCACAGCUGCUGAGGUCCUUCAGGCAAACCCUAAUCAUGUUCUUAGCAAACCUUCUUCUCAAGGUGUUGUUCGAAAAAUUUUGAUUCUUUCGCCGGAAUCCGAGCUCAAAAGAGGCAGCAUAUAUUUCUUGAUUCCCUCUUCUUCAUUGCCUGGUGAGAAGAAAAAAGUGGCAGUAAGUGUAGCCAAAAGAUCAAGACUUCAUCAAAGAAGAGCAAAAACUACAGUAGCAAUAAAGAUUUACAAGAUUAAAUCCUCUCGUCGUGAUCGCCGGACUGGUCGUGUCGGAGUAUGGCGGCCUCAUUUACAAAGCAUCUCCGAGGACUAA